AUGGAAAGGCUGGUGGUGAAGAUCCUGGUCGUGUUUGCUCUUGGGGCAGACCACUGGGCUUGCUCAGGCUUCCCUGUGUACAACUAUGACUCUGCCUCCUUGCAAGAAGCCCUCAGGGCCUCUGUGGCCAAAGUGAAUUCCCAGUCGCUGAGUCCCUACCUGUUUCGGGCAUUCAGAAGCUCACUCCAAAGAGUCAAUGCCUUGGACGAGGACAAUGUAAUCAUGAAUUUGGAAUUCAGCAUUCGAGAGACUACAUGCAGGGCGGAUUCUGGAGAAGAUCCUUCUUCGUGUGCCUUCCGAAGGGGCUACUACGUGCCAACAGUCACAUGCACAAGCACAGUGCAGAUGUCCGGAGAAGAGGUGCAGGACGUGUGGGCUCGCUGCCACUGGUCCUCCUUCUCCGACUCCAACAGCAGUGAAGAGAUGAUUUUUGGGGACAUCCUGAGAGCCAAUAGGUGGAGAAAUGAAUAUCCACUUGGUCUCACUCAUGAGGACCCCAGAAACGAACGCUUUUAUGAUGGCUCGGUCGGGUUCAAUUUGUCUGUGAUAAAACUUGCUGAUUCUUCAGCAUUAGAUAAAUUUUUGGAGAGCUUCAGCACUCUUUCUUCCUCCUUCAGUGAGGUGUGA